AUGACUGACUGCUGUCUCAAGGGAUUUCAAUGGAAGGCUAAGCCUAAAGGCAGAAACAACACUGUUGCCGAGCUGAAAUGCUAUGUUUCUGGCACAAACAAGGAUGUUGCCGUCAUAAUCGUCCAUGAUCUUUUUGGCUGGACAUUCAACAACACCCGAAUUCUAGCCGAUCAUCUGGCUCAAGAGGUUAAUGCUACUGUCUAUGUACCUGACUUUUUUGGUGGAGAGGUAGUCCCCACUGAAAUCCUGUUUGACAAAAGCCGAAUGGGCGAAUUCGACCUGGGUGCAUUUUUCAAGCGCAACUCCAAGACAGUCCGAAGACCAGAGCUUGUUAGAUUUGUCGAAACCUUGAGAUCAUCCUUUUCUCGGAUUGGGGCCGUUGGGUACUGUUUCGGUGGAUGGGCUGUCUUUAAUCUUGGGGCUAAGGAGUUAAGUCUUGUUGACUGCAUCUCUACUUCCCACCCGUCAUUUCUUGAGAAAGAAGAAAUUGCAAACAUUGGCGUCCCGACCCAGAUUUUGGCUCCCGAAUUCGAUCCCCAAUUUACUCCAGAAUUGAAGGCGUACGCCAACGAGGUUCUGCCGAUGACUGGGGUAGCAUAUGAUUACCAGUAUUUUCCUGGACUUGAGCAUGGUUUUGCUAUCCGUGGAGACGAGAGUAAGCCGGGCGAGAGGGACGGGAUGGAAAGAGCCAAGAAUGCAGUAUCUUUAUGGCUCCGACAGUGGCUUCACCGGGCUUGA